GUUGAUUUGUUGGACUUUGUGGACUGGUCAGGAGUUGAAUGCCUUAACCAAAGCAGUACUCACUCUCUUCCUAAUGCCCUUAAACAGGAUGAGACUUAGGAGUGGCAAUUUCUGAUGCUGCAUGGUAUCUCAGUUAGCAAUGAAAUUUUGACAUGAGAUCUGUAGUGACACUAUAGAUUCGCCAGCAGGGAAUAAAGGGUCAACAUUUAUAUUACCCAAAGUUUGUAUACCCCUGAAACCUUAGGUGACUAGCAAUUUUGCCUAGAAUGUGGCGUCAGGGCCUGCGCAGAGUCUCCUCAAAUCUCAUCACCCCACUGCACCACCCCAAUUCAUCAUUUAGACAAAUCUUUAGCCAUCAGGCAUUAGGAUCACCCUCGUCGACGUCAGGGUCAUCGAGCCCAAGCCUAUCAAUAUGGAGAAGGAAGAAGGAGAUCGGAAAAGAGGGUUUAAUGGUGGCUAAAGAGCUGAAGCGCCUUCAGACAAAUCCCAUACGCUUGGAGAGGUUCAUGAAAUCCCACGUCUCCCGCCUCCUUAAAUCCGACCUGAUUGCUGUCCUUGCUGAGUUCCAGAGACAAGACCUUGUCUUUCUCUCCAUCAAGUUGUAUGGGGUGGUCCGUAAAGAAAUUUGGUAUAGGCCAGAUAUGUUCUUCUACAGGGAUAUGCUAAUGAUGCUAGCGAGAAAUAAAAGAGUAGACGAAGCCAGGAGUGUAUGGGAUGACUUAAAGAGGGAAGGCGUGCUUUUUGAUCAGCAUACCUUUGGUGACCUCAUUAGGGCCUUCUUAGACAGUGGACUACCGAAGGAAGCAAUGGACAUAUACGAGGAAAUGAGGCUCUCUCCUGAUCCCCUGCUAUCAUUGCCUUAUAGAGUGAUCUUGAAGGGGCUCCUCCCAUAUCCAGAAUUGAGGGAAAAAAUAAAAGAUGACUUCUUGGAACUUUUCCCUAAUAUGAUUGUUUACGACCCACCUGAGGACUUAUUUGAUGAUCAACAAUGGGAAAAGGACGAUGUAGAUGGAUGAGUAGUAGUGGAUGUUGCAAUGAGAAAAAAGCUUACUCUAUGGGCACUAGGAAAGAAAACUCUUAAGAUAUCCAUGUGAGAAAAAGCUUAUUCUAUGGGCACAGAGAGACAAACUCCCGUGAUAUCCGGCUAAUUUCUUAAAAUAAUUCUCAAAGAUAGAUUUGUCUUAAAAGUGAGAGUUUUUGAGAUUAUGUUUGUCCACUUUUCUGUCCAAUACAAAAUUACGUAGUUUUACUUAUUAAUACUGAUUGUGUGGCACAUAACAUUGAAUGCAUAUUUAGAGUGUGUUCGGUAAAUAGAUUUCA